GCCGGAGAGCAGCGGGCGCCGAGCCUCACGAUCAGCCUCAGCUCAACGGCCACCACCGGUCCCCUCAGGGCGGGCCUCGGCACGACAGCUUUCCGAUUGGGCGCGGCCCGAAAUCCCAGGGCGGGCAUUAGAGGCCGAGCACUCUUGGGGAUUGGUCACCGUGGCGGACGGACGUGCUGCCGGCGGGGCUGGUUCGCCCGCGGCGCCGCUGCGUGGCGGGCGGGCUUCCUUCUCUGAUCCCUUGUCGGUCAUUGGCUCAGUGCGGUUUCCUUGGGGACGUGGCGGCGCCGCCGGCUUGGGCCCUCCUUCCGGCUGGGCUGUAGCCGGCGGAGAGAUUCCCUGCUUGGAACCAAGCGGAGCACCUUGAGCCGGCGGGCCGUUGGAUCCCGUGAGUAUCGUCGCGGGAGAGUGGCGGGACCAGGAGGAUCGGGAAGAGGGAGCAGGUCUACUCCCCCUCGUCCCCGUGCCAUCCUGAAGAACGGCCGGUCCCUCGAGGACAGAGCUGACCACGAGAGCCGUGGGCCCUUAAGAUGCGCGGGCUGCAGGCGUGGGAGAUGCCUGGGACAACGAGGCCCCCUUCUCAGGGCAAAAGGAAAAGGAGGUGACACGCAUUGAGACCACUCAAGGGAACCCAUGGCUAGGAUCAGUUUUUCCUACCUCUGCCCAGCCUCCUGGUACUUCACGGUGCCCACAGUGAGCCCCUUUCUGCGCCAGCGCGUGGCAUUACUGGGAUUCUCCUUCGUAUCCUGUCUCCUUUUACUUCUGUUAAUCAUGGACUUUCGACAUUGGGGUGCUUCAUUACCACGAGACAGGCAAUAUGAAAGGUAUUUGGCCCGAGUUGGAGAACUUGAAGCUACUGACACUGAAGAUCCAAACCUGAGUUAUGGACUUGUUGUGGACUGUGGCAGCAGUGGCUCUCGGAUUUUUGUGUAUUUCUGGCCGAGACAUAAUGGGAACCCCCAUGACUUGCUGGACAUCAAACAAAUGAGAGACCGUAACAGCCAACCAGUGGUUAAAAAAAUCAAGCCAGGAAUCUCUGCCAUGGCUGACACCCCAGAACACGCCAGCGAUUACCUGCGUCCUCUGCUGAGCUUUGCUGCUGCUCAUGUGCCGGUGAAGAAGCACAAGGAGACCCCCCUUUACAUCCUCUGCACAGCCGGCAUGCGGCUGCUCCCGGAGAGGAAGCAGUUGGCUAUCUUGGGUGACCUGGUGAAAGAUUUACCACUGGAGUUUGACUUCCUCUUUUCUCAGUCUCAGGCAGAAGUGAUCUCUGGGAAGCAGGAAGGGGUUUAUGCGUGGAUUGGAAUAAAUUUUGUUUUGGGAAGAUUUGACCAUGAGGAUGAAUCAGAUGCGGAGACUUCCCAAGAGCUGGCAACAGGCCGCAGAAGGACAGUGGGGAUACUAGAUAUGGGAGGAGCCUCUCUCCAAAUUGCUUAUGAAGUUCCUACCUCAACCUCUGUCCUUGAUCCAAAGCAGGAAGAAGCUGCCAAGAACCUACUGGCUGAAUUCAACCUGGGCUGUGACGUGCAACAUACUGAACACGUGUACAGGGUUUACGUCACCACCUUCCUGGGUUUUGGAGGCAACUUUGCCCGGCAGCGCUAUGAAGACCUUGUGCUGAAUGAAACUCUUAACAAAAACAGAUUACUGGACCAGAAGACGGGUCUGAGCCCCGACAAUCCAUUUCUGGACCCCUGCCUGCCUGUGGGACUCACAGAUGUGGUGGAAAGGAAUGGCCACAUCCUGCAUAUUCGAGGAAAAGGAGACUGGGCAACUUGUGGGGCAAUGCUGAACCCUCUGCUGGCUCGCUCCAACACCAGCCACGCCUCCUUGAAUGGCAUCUACCAGUCACCUAUUGACUUCAACAACAGUGAAUUCUAUGGCUUCUCUGAGUUUUUCUACUGUACAGAGGACGUGCUGCGCAUUGGUGGCCACUACCACGGGCCGACAUUUGCUAAAGCCGCUCAGGAUUACUGUGGCAUGACGUGGUCAGUUCUAACUCAGAGAUUCAAGGAUGGCCUCUUUUCCUCACACGCAGAUGAGCAUCGCCUCAAAUACCAGUGUUUUAAGUCAGCAUGGAUGUACCAAGUCCUACAUGAAGGAUUCCACUUUCCUUAUGACUACUCAAACCUGCGCACAGCUCAACUGGUCUAUGACCGAGAGGUUCAGUGGACCCUGGGAGCCAUUCUUUAUAAAACCCGAUUCUUACCACUCAGGGAUCUUCGGCAGGAAGGGGUCCGGCAAGCCCACGGUAGCUGGUUUCGUCUCUCCUUUGUCUACAACCACUAUCUCUUCUUCGCCUGUAUCCUGGUGGUGCUGCUGGCCAUCAUCCUGUACCUUCUGCGACUACGUCGGAUCCACCACCGACAAACUCGCACAUCAGCUCCAAUGGACUUGCUGUGGAUUGAAGAGGUGGUGCAGGUGGGGCCAUGAGGCUGGACCAGAACUAGACAAACUCAAGUACCCCCAGACUUCCUCCACUUUUCUUGUAUUGGCCUCAGAUGCUGCUUUGCUUGACCUUGUGGAUAUUUUUCCAUGGAAUUUCUACUUCUAAUUCCUUCUCAGUUCCCAAGUCCUCUUCUUUGAGAGAAGCUGUGAUUUAGUCUGUGAGGAACUAAAUGAUGAGAGAUUGGUGCUAACAAAGGGGACCACAUGUGGGCCAAGGGAAAGCAUCUACUCCUCUGCCUGAGAGGGCUGGGUGUCCCGGGGUCUGACCUUCUCUCCCCUUGCUGAAGCAUGAAGUUUGGCGUUGGGCACUCCAAGGGCCUAGCUGAAACCAAACUUGGAGCAUCUGACACAAAGCUAUGGAGCACGUGCAGCGGCUCCUUCUUUCUCUGUAGCAGAGAUACCAUUUAUGUGGAGAUCCACAGUCUUUCCUAGGGAACCAAGGUCUUGGCAAUUCAGUGGACCAAACAGGAAUUUCCAGGCAGCCAAUAUGACAUGGCUUCCUUGCUAAUUUGAGGGUAUGAUCUGAGAUCCCUGACGUAUUGUUGACUUAUGGUAGUAUCCAACUUUAAAAAGUUAGAACCCUUUCUAAAUGAAUGGUCCAUUGAAGGCUUUACAAUAUUAUCUGAUUCCUGGUAUGACUAGGAUAGAAAAGUUCUAUGUCUAUGUGGCUCACAGGCUGUUUGGGUAUUAACCUUGGUUUUUGGUUUUUGGGUUGGUUGGUGGGUUUUUUUUGUGUAUGUGUUUUGUUUUGUUUUGAGCCUAAGUAUGCUGGUAGGAUGGAGAAACUGAUGGGG